UCAAUUUUGAAUCUUACCUUUAUUUCUACCAGUCUUGUCACGACAGUAUUUGAAGAAGUGAAAUUCCAAAUAAAUACACAGAUUCACUACCUGAUAAUGAAGCUCCUCAGCAUCAGCGGAGUCACAAUGCUUUUCAGCAUUUUAGCGCCUGUAAAUUCGAUGGCGAUCGUAUCAGAUGCGCAGUUCCUUCCAGUGCCCCACCAUACUCAACCAUUCAGCUACUUAUGCCAAAAUCGUCGGAGGCACAACAAGAGUACUCUCGAGAACAAAGCCCGGAUAGGCAAACGAGGUUUAGAUGAUAAUAGGUUUUUUAAUGGAUACCCCGCAUAUUUUGAUGAAUUUAAUUACAAUAUCAACGGAGAUAAAUGGCUCUAUCCUAUUGACGACAACCAUGUCGAUUUUGUCGUAUUCACAAGAGACGCGCACGUGACGGGCGUAGUCUUUAGAGUGCCACUUGAUAAUGGCCGAUAUAGUUAUCACCCAUGUCAGCUGGAAUUUGUAAUUACCUCCUUAUUCAUAAUAUUGGCAUGA